AUGUCAGGUUUUUGUGGGUGACAGCACAGAACCAGCUCAACUGGGACUGAGUGACACUGACAGAGUGAUUGUCUGUGUGCUCAGUGUGUGUGUGUGUGAGUGUGUGUGUGAGUGUGUGCUCAGACCAUGGGGUGGAAGGAGUCCUUUGCCAUCCAGCUGCUGCUGGGCCUGGUGUUUGUGACCAGCGGAUUGGCUAUCAACCUCAUCCAACUGCUCACAUGUCUGCUCUGGCCAAUCAACAAGCAGCUCUACCGACGCAUCAACACACGACUGGCGUACUCACUCUGGAGCCAGCUGGUCAUGUUGUUGGAGUGGUGGUCGGGCACUGAGUGCACCCUGUUUGUAGACCAGAGCUCGACGGCGGAGAAGCUGGGCAAAGAGCACGCCAUCAUCAUCCUCAACCACAACUAUGAGAUCGACUUCCUGUGCGGCUGGACCAUGGCCGAGCGCUGCGGCGUGCUGGGGAGUUCGAAGGUGCUGGCCAAACACGAGCUCCUGAAGGUGCCUCUGAUUGGCUGGACCUGGUACUUCCUGGAAGUGGUGUUCUGCAAGAGGAAGUGGGAGGAAGACAGGAAGGCCGUCACCAACGGGCUCAAUCAGCUCAAAGACUACCCCGAAAACAUGUGGGUGUUGCUGUACUGCGAGGGCACCAGGUUCACUGAGAAGAAACACCAGAUCUCUAUGGAGGUCGCUGACAGCAAAGGGCUUCCAAGGCUGAAGUACCACCUGCUGCCCCGGACCAAGGGCUUCACCACCACGCUGCACUGUCUCAGAGAUACAGCGUCAGCAGUUUACGACGUAACACUGAACUUCAGAGACGGACAGGCUCCGACUCUCCUGGACAUUGUCAAAGGACGUAAAUACAAAGCUGAUAUGAGCUUAAGGCGUUAUCCAGUUGAGCAGAUUCCUGAGGAUGAGAAGGAGUGUGCUGAGUGGCUGCAUCGCCUCUACCAAGAGAAGGACGCAUUACAGGACCAGUAUGUCACCACAGGCCGUUUCCCUGGCAACCCUGUCGUCCUGCCUCGACGACCAUGGUCACUCCUCAACUUCCUGUUUUGGGCGGGACUUCUGCUCUCUCCUCUCGUCCGAUUGGUGGUUGGAGUGGUCACCAGCGGCAACCCGCUGCUCAUCCUUGGCCUGCUCCUUCUGCUUGUAGUUGCCAUCAUAUCCAUGAACAGGUUGAUCAGUGUGUCAGAGGUGAAGAAGACGGGGUCCAGCUAUGGAGUCCAAGAGAGCAAGAAACACACAUAGACAAAGACACACACACACACACACACACACAGACAUACACCAGUGCACUGUGACCUGACACACACAUACGUGAACAGUGACACAUGUGGACAGACUUUGCAAACUUUUUACUACGAUGCCAAGAGGAUAUAUAUCCAUGUA